AUGCUGAACAGAAUCAUGCCAUUCUCCAUCAAUGCCCUCACUGUAACAGGAAAUUUCAGAAAACCAGUUUCAAGCAGCACAAGCCUCGAGUGCCCAAAGCUCACUGCACAGAUACAGGAUAUUUUUUCAUCAAUGAACCUGUCUUAUGAAGAGUUCCAUGUUCACAGUGAGAAGUCCCCAUCCCUGGUUGACAAAACACCUUGGUCCCCAUUUAGCAUGUUGGGUGACUUUGAGUUUGCAGAAAUUGCACUCGCUUCACUACUCAACCAGCAACAAGUCAAUGCCCUGCUGGAUCUCUUUGCUUGUGUCACACAGGGAGCUGUCCAAGUCACACUCAAGAAUGAUGCUGAACUUCACAAAGCAUGUGAUGCAGCUGCAAUGGAACUCACUCCAUUCUCCAGGGUCGAAGUUAAGGUACCAUACAAAAAGGAAGAAUGUACGUUCAAAGCACAUAUUCACCCACUGUGGGAGUGGGCACUUGAUAUCUUAGAAAAUCCAUUCCUUGGUCUGCACUUCACCUGGGAUGCACAUGUUGAGCAUGAACAUUUUUACAACAAGCCCUGGACCAGAGAUUAUUGGUGGGAUAUUCAAUUGAGUCUACCAAAUAUCAAGAACACCAUGCCAUUUGGCCUGAUCCUUUAUGCUGACAAAUCCAACCUAUCAUCUUUUGGCACUGCCAAGAGUUACCCUGUCAUUGUGUGCUGUGUGAACUUGCCAGUUGAGAUUCAGAAUAGCAAUGUCAUUGGCAGAGGUACUGUUGUCAGCUGGCUGCCUAUUGUCCCUGAAGAUGCCAAAGAAGAGGGAAAGCUAGGCUACACAACCCUCAAGUGUGUCAUUUGGCACAAAUCUUUUAAAAAGUUACUUCUGGAGAUUGAGCAGUGCUCGAAGACUGGAUGCAUGAUGGUACUCACUCAUGGUCACAGUGGCAAACACCCUUGCCCUGUUUAUGACCAAUUGAAUGUUGCAAGUUUUCCUCACUGGCAAAACCUCGCACACUUCAACCAAGUUAUUCAUGUCACUUUUUCAGAUGGUAACAAGCUGGCUGAUAUCUCCAAGCAAAUCUUCCACAUGGGGAUCAAUGUUUUGAAGAAGAGUAUAACCCCUGAAGGGUACCAGCUCCUCCAAACACUGAAGGUCCACCUCUGGAAGCACAUUGUUCAAGAUAUCUGCCUAAAGGGUGCCACAUGCAACUAUAGCACUCAGCCCAAUGAAAGUAUGCAUAAGCCAAUCCAAGACACAUAUGAACACUGUUCGAACAGUAGAGACAUUCCUGCUCAGGUCUUGUGGGUAGAUCAUCAAGUUCUUGCUACAAAGCUUCUCAGAUUGUGUGUUGAUCAGCUUGAGAAAUCUGUCUCUGGGGAAUCAGAUCCAGAAGUUGAUGUGCUUGGUGCACAUGUUGUCGCAACCCAAACCCUGAAAGACUUGGAGGAAAAUGGUCAGCUAGAUAUGGUGUUCCAUCAGUUCUGUCAAAGGUUCUGCGAGUUCCUUAAUGAUGCCCUUCUGGCAUAUGGAUAUCAAGUCAAGUCAUGGAUCUCCCUCCCCACUGACUUCACAGUUAAAGAAUACCAUUAUCUGCUGGUCAACUACAAGUCAACUGUCACUUGGAACCAGUGCACAGAUCAUCUCCGCUGCAACCUGUCAUUUUUUGACACAGGCAAUGAAGGUUACUUACUGUCUCUAGUGGCCUUCCAACCAGAGAAUUUUGAGCACAUUGCAGAUGUCUGUUCUGACCCAUCACUGUCUUGUCCUUUGCAAGCUGUCAACCAUCCUAGCAAGGAAACUGAAGACUUGCAACACACUCAGUAG